AUGCAGAAUAUCAAGCAUUUCUUCAAACUUAAGACAAAAACUCCAAAUUCCAAUUCUGCUUCUGGAGACAUAAAUGCUGUAUUGUCAAUUGGUGAACCAUUUAAUGUGAAAAGACUUUAUCAUGUUGGUUUUGAUGACCAGAAAGGAGAAUUUGUUGGCAUGCCACAGUCUUGGGAGAGGCUGCUACAGAAUUCAAAUAUCUCAAAGAAGGAACAAAGAGAAAAUCCGGAAGCUGUGAUGAAUUCACUAGAAAUGUAUACUCAUUCUAUCGAGCACCAGCCAUCUGCAGUCAAGUACAUGAUGAUUGCAACAACAAUCCGGGAAUCAGAGGAAAUUAUAGAUCCUGUCGAUCGGUCAUCAUCUGAGAACAACCAGGAAGCCAGGGCCAGCAGAAAUGAAACAUAUUCUGGAGUUGGUACACCUGAGCUGACCACUGAUGACCUACCUGUAGAAUGUGAGAAUUCUGAUAAGUUGAGAACUGUUGUAGAUGAAAAUGAAGUCUUGAUGGGGCCACCACAGUCAAGGAGGGUGAUGACAGACCAUGAAGUUAAAGAAACAUUGAAGAAAAUGUCAAGUCCAGGCAGUGCUAAAGAGAAAUAUGAUUUACAAAAGAGACUUGGUGCUGGGGCAUCUGGCGUAGUGAUGAUGGCUAGAUGCAGAGACACAAAUCAAGUUGUGGCCAUUAAAAUCAUGGAUCUCGAUAAACAUCCCAAGAAGGAGCUAAUCAUAUCAGAAAUUGUGGUUAUGAAACAACACAGACAUGAAAACAUUGUCAACUUUAUUGAAAGCUACUACCUCGACACUGAGCUGUGGGUGGUAAUGGAGUAUUUAGAUGGCGGUGCACUAACUGAUGUGAUCCGAGAGAUAGUCAUGAAUGAGGGCCAGAUUGCUGCAGUGUGCCACGAGUGUCUGAAAGCUCUGGUGUUUCUUCACAGCAACAACAUCAUCCACCGAGACAUCAAGAGUGACAAUGUACUGCUAGGGAUGACCGGUGCUGUCAAACUGACAGACUUUGGUUUCUGUGCCCAGCUGAGCAGUGAGCAGGGGAAACGAGACACACAAAUAGGCACGCUAUAUUGGAUGGCUCCGGAGGUUAUCAAAAGUAAACAGUAUGACAACAAAGUGGACAUCUGGAGUCUAGGCAUCAUGGUCAUAGAGAUGUUGGAAGGGGAGCCACCGUUUCUGAACAUAACGCCCUUCAAAGCAAUUUACCACAUCGCAGCUAAGCCAGACAUAAAAGACGAAGACAAGCUAUCCCCAGAACUAAGGGACUUCCUUGACAGAUGUCUAGAGGUGGAUGUGACCCACAGAGCAAGCGCCAGUCAAUUGUUAGAUCAUCCUUUCCUGAAAAAGGCUGAACCGCUAGCAACAUUAAAUCAGAGAUGA